AGGCGCCCUGUUUUCAGUUGGACGCAAGAGCCAAGCUGCUACGCGCCCUAACCCAGAACAACAGCCCUGUUUUCAGAUUUCCCCAUUCCACCGGUUCAUUCAUUCAUUCGUGAAUUCCUAGACUGGCGUGGUGCAAUUCAUUCGUGAAAAACGUGGCACUGGCCACUGUGUGAAGUUCAACUCGGUCUGUGACAUGAAGAUGAUUUUGUAUUCAUAUUUCCGGAGUUCCUGCUCAUGGAGGGUCAGAAUAGCUCUGGCUGUGAAGGGGAUUGACUAUGAGUACCAUCCUGUGAAUCUCCUCAAAGGAGACCAAUUGGCUGAGGAUUAUGACAAAAUCAACCCCAUGAAACAAGUUCCUUCACUUCAAGUCAAUGGAAAAACCCUUACACAAUCAAUCAGCAUUUUGGAGUACUUGGAGGAGACCCAUCCGGAGCCGCCGCUGCUUCCCAAAGAACCCAUCGAGCGGGCAAAGGUCCGCGAAAUCUGCGAGCUGAUCGGCUCUGGGAUCCAGCCAGUGCAGAACCUGGCCGUGCUGAAGAAGGUGGCCGCUCUGGCCGGUGACGAGGCCAAAAAACAGUGGGGCCACGACGCCAUCGCGCGCGGCUUCCGAGCGCUGGAGCCGCUGCUGGCUGACUGCGCCGGCAGCUGCAGUGUCGGCGACAGCGUCACACUGGCCGACUGCUGCCUGGUGCCGCAGAUAUUCAACGCCAACAGAUUCGGUGUGGACAUGUCUCAGUUUCCCACCAUCAGCCGGGUGGGGGCACACCUCGACACUCUGGAGCCGUUCAAAGCGGCCCACCCCACCAAGCAGCCCGACUGCCCUGAGGAGCUCCGCUAACACUGCUCACACUGCCCUGUCGUCAGCGGAGAGCAAAGCUGAGGUGUCGGGGGCGCAUCUGGAGAGGCAAAGUGCAAUGCGAUUUUCCGUCCCGAGAGAAAGUGCCAUUUUUUUGUACUUAGCCAGAUCUAAACGUUAGAACUGUUGAAUUUGUAGCCAGACGUGCCAUAUAUAUUUUCGAUUAAGUGCUCGGUGACUGGUGCCAACUUAAACAGCGUGUAUGCUGCACUGAUCGGCGAUUCCGAUCGGCUGUGCUUUGGUGUUGCGGUGUUUGCAUCAAUACUGAUCCGAUAAUACUCGUUUGUGCAAUUUAUUUUGGAGAAACCCGCGGGCGUAAUUUUGCGAAUUUUAUACUUCGUUUAUAAUAAACGGUGAAGGGAA